AUGGCCUUCGCAUCGACCAUAUUUUCUAUUCGUCUCUUUUUAGUCCUUUUCUCGUUUGCAUCAUACAAAGCCACCGCAAGAAGUUUUCUUGAGCGAAAAUCCGAGAGCAAACCAAUUUCAGCCGUUCUCAUUUUCGGAGACUCCACAGUUGACCCUGGAAACAAUAACUACAUAAAUACUCUUUUUAAGAGCAAUUUUUCGCCUUAUGGUAAGGAUUUCGCGAACCAAACUGCAACCGGAAGCAUUGAAGAGCUCAUGACUGGAGUCAGUUUUGCAUCAGCUGGGUCUGGAUAUGACCCGCUAACACCAAUAAUAAGC